AUGGUCGCGACUACUCAACAGAAGCCUGCCGAGGCUGACAAGAAGAAAACUGAUGAGAAGAAGGCCGCUGGAAAGAUUGAGCCGAAAAAGGAAGAGAUGGUUGGUUGGGAAAGCUGAAAAGUUUAAAAGUUUUGAUUUUUUAGAGCGAAGAAGACCAGAAGCUGGAGGAGGACCUGAACCUUCUCGUUCAGCGUCUCUCCGAGCCGGAAGCGAACCUUUACAAGCCCUCGCUCGAGACGAUGCGCUCUCUGAUUCGCGCGUCGACCACUUCGAUGACUUCUGUACCGAAACCGCUCAAAUUCAUGCGUCCACACUACGCGAAAAUGAAGGAGAUUUUCACAAAAAUCCAGGCGGCCGAUGUGAAGAAGCUGUGCGCCGACAUCAUUUCGGUGCUCGCCAUGACGUCUGACGAGCGAACCGACACGAUCAACUAUCGAAUUCUGGGAUCUCACGAGCCGAUCGGAGACUGGGGACACGAGUACGUCCGCCAUUUGGCCAUGGAAAUGUCGGAGGAGUGGAAGAAGGAUACGACGCAGGACGCCAGAAAGACGGAGCUCAUCCAGCUUACCAAGGACAUUGUCGCCCACCAUAUGAAGCACAAUGCCGAGGUGGAAGCCUGCGAUUUGCUCAUCGAGAUCGAACGUCUUGAUCUUCUGCUCACCUACGUUCAGGAGGUCGAUCAUCAGCGCGUCUGCCUCUAUCUUCUGUCCUGUGCCCCGUUGACUCCGGACCCGGACAACAUUAUUCUGAUCAAGACUGCUCUUCAACUAUACUUGAAGUUCAAUCGCUAUCUGGAGGCGGCUCGUUGCGCGAUUAUGGUCAACGAUGUGCCACAAGUGCGUCAGAUUUUCGCCAAGACUACCGAUCCGUAAGUUUUCCGGAAAAUCAGCAAUUUUUCUAUAAAUUUCGUUUUCAGACUGCUCCGCAAGCAAAUGGCCAUCCUUCUUGGUCGUCAUCAAAUCUUCCUGGACUACGAGGGAGCCGCCGAUUCGGAAGCUCUUGCCGAGCUCAACUCGAACGCCCAUCUGUACGAAUACUUCCAUUCCCUGGCACGCGAGCUUGAUAUCAUGGAGCCAAAGACGCCAGAAGGCAUCUACAAGUCGCAUUUGGAGCAUUCCCGCCCGUUCGGAAACUCUUCCCAGCCCGAUACGACCCGUAUGAAUCUGGCGGCCGCGCUGGUCAAUGGAUUCGUGAACUGCGGAUUCGGAGUGGACAAGAUGAUGGCCGAGACCGAGGAGGCGUCCCGCUGGUUCUACAAAAACAAGGAGUACGGAAUGCUGACGGCCGCCGCUUCGCAAGGACUCAUCUGGCGAUGGGACAUUGACACCGGACUCGCGCAGUGCGAUCGUUUCCUGUACAUUAACGACGACUACAUCAAGGCCGGAACCCUUUUGGCCAUUGGAAUAAUCUCUUCUGGAAUCCAAGAUGCUUGCGAUCCGGCCUCUGCUCUGCUCCUCGACCAUGUGCAAUCGGACCGAUCGAUCAUGAGAGUCGGUUCCAUUUUGGGACUCGGAUUGGCGUAUGCCAACUCGAAGAGAGAGGCGGUCACCAAAAACGAGGAGAGAGGAGUAAUUUUCGAGCUGAAGAAAGUGCUCUCCGAUCAGAAGCCGUCUGCAAUUCCGGAGGUGAAAGGACUCGCCGGACUCUCGCUCGGACUUAUUCUGGUUGGAACUGCGGACGCCGAGGCGGCUAUGGAAAUGCUGCAGGCGCUGAUGGAUAAGAGCGAGACGGAGCUCACCGACCCGAACAUGCGCUUCUUGGCACUCGGAAUCGCGUUGAUCUUCCUGCAGACUCAGGACAAGAGCGAUGUGUUUGUGGAGAGUCUCCGAUCGCUUCCGGAUCCAUUUGGAGCUAUGGUCUCCACUCUCGUCGAAGUGUGCGCGUACGCCGGAACCGGAAACGUGCUCAAGAUCCAGAAGCUUCUCCAUUUGUGCUCUGAGCACUACGAGACGCCGGCGGCCGAGAAAAAGUCAUCGAAGAGCAAGAAUGCGGCGACUUCGACCCCGAAAGCUGAUCGUAAUGCUCCUCUGGACAUCACCGCCACUCCAGCUCCAACCGGAACCCCGGCCGUUGCUCCAGGAGCUCCGAGACGUGAAGGAGCCACUGCUCAGGGUGCCCCAGCCACUCCGGCUGCUCCAGGAGCUCCGGCGGCUGCCCCAGCUACUGGAGCUCCAGGAGCUGCUCCGGCUGCAGCUGAAGGAACUCCGGCUCCACCGGCAAAACCGGAUCUCUCAUCGCAACAGGCCGUCGCCGUGCUCGGAAUCGGACUCAUUGCGAUGGGAGACGACAUCGGAUCGCAGAUGGCCCUCCGUAUGUUCGGACAUCUCAUCCGCUACGGAGAGCCAGUCAUCCGUCGGGCCGUCCCACUCGCUCUUUCGCUUCUCUCCGUUUCGAACCCGCAGCUCAACAUUCUGGAGACGCUUUCCAAGUUCUCGCACGACUCCGACGCCGACACCGCCCACAACGCCAUCUUCGCCAUGGGAUUGGUUGGAGCCGGAACGAACAACGCGCGUCUCGUCGCGAUGCUCCGCAACCUGGCCUCCUAUCACUACAAGGACCAAGUGUCGUUGAUGCUGGUCAGAAUCGCACAGGGACUGACGCAUCUCGGCAAGGGAACAAUGACUCUGAACCCGUGGCACUCGGACCGACAGCUCCUCUCGCCAAGUGCUCUCGCUUCGCUUCUCUCUAUUUGCUACUGUUUCCUGGAUGCUAACAAUACGGUAUUUAGACAGUUUUCUAUACUUUCAAGCUCAAUUUCUCAUUUUCAGGUGCUCAACAGCCGUCAGCACUACUUGUUGUAUACGUUGGUGCUCGCAAUGCAGCCAAGAAUGCUCACAACAUUGAUUGAGGAUGAAAUGAAGCCGGGAAGUUUGAAACAGGUAGCGAAAAUUAGGAAAAGGUGAACACAGUACGGAAUUUUGCAGCUGAACGUGUCUGUGCGUGUUGGACAAGCCGUCGACGUGGUUGCACAAGCCGGAAAGCCGAAGACGAUCACUGGAUUCCAGACGCACACGACGCCGGUCCUCUUGGCUCAUGGAGAACGUGCAGAGCUGGCCAAUGAUGAAUGUGAGCUAACAAUUGCAUAACAUUCGCAAAAACCGCUCUUUUUCAGAUCUUGCGGUGACGCCACAUCUCGAAGGACUUGUGAUCCUCAAGAAGAAUCCGGACUAUCAGCCGGUGGUGGUUUCCACGAAGAAAUAA